AUGCAACGAAAAAUGAUAGUGGCUCUUAUCACUUUUCUAGUUACUGUAUUCGGUACUGUAUCCAAUGCUCUCGUUUUCCUUGCUGCUCGUAGAAUGAAUUCGAUGAACAGUUCUUUUGGAAUUAUUACCAAAAACCAAGCGAUUUGUAACUUCUUGAUGUCCUUAAUUUUUUUAGUAUACAUUUUUCCGUUACAAAUAAGUGAUAUAAAACUGAUGGUCACUUACUCUCGUUUCAUUGGACUGAUCGUAGGGACUAUAUACGAAAUCUCGAAUUUAUCUCAUUUUCUGAUAGCAUCAAAUCGUUUCUGUGCAGUGUUUCUCCCUUUUCAUUAUGAUAAUAUUUUCACUAUUUUUAAAACAAAAAUAUUGAGAAAUUUAAUUUGGGUGACAUCUGCUAUUUGGUGUAUGGUUUUUUAUGAGUUGAUUGGAUGUAAAUUUUCCUAUGACGUGGAGUCUUGGUCUCUUGUAUUUCUGGCAACUGAAAUGUGUACACAACUGACUUGGUAUACUGAUUUUACGUUCAAUACUUCCUUGGUAGUUCUAACUCUUAUUACCAACUUGCUGACUGCUUUCAAGGCUGGAAGAAAUAGCAGAAUGCUGGUUACUGCAGCAAUAAUUAAGAAGUCAAAACAACAGAAACAAAGGGAACUGAAUUUCAUAAAACAAUCGUUCCUCCAAGGAUUGAGUGUCUUUAGUGGUCAAGUCACUUAUUAUCUGAUUGCUCCGAUACUGUCGAAUCCAGUUCUGAUUUUUUGUUUUGGGACAAUGUAUGUAUUCAUGCAUUCCAUUGAAGGAGCUAUCAUCUUGGCAUCUAAUCAAGAAAUGAGAUCAGCUCUCAAGCCUAGAAAAGGCAAGUCAAGAUUCAAAGAACGUUUAACAACAAUCUAG